UUCACAUGAAAUCAGAACACAUUUUAUCAGAUACACAGCUGUUUGAUGGCGGACUAUUUACACAACGCGUUACUGCACCGAGUGUAAAGUCUUGGAGGUGUUGGUGCAACACGGUGGAAUCUGAAGCUCGGCCGUUUGACUUCUGAACUUGUUUGUCGUGUGUUUUGUGUAUUUUGCACUAAGUUGUGAAACUGCUUUACCUCAGAGACAUUUGUCGUGUGCGAACUGCCGAGCCCGGAUUUGCACAAAGUGGAAGGAGACUUGUUGCAUGCUGCUGAUCAGCCAUUGUGGACCAAGGUCUAGUUCCUGUGGCCGCCGGCUACAGAGUUAGCUGUCUGCAUCAAAGGAGCUGCUGUAUGAACACUUGAUGAGCCAUGACGCUGCUGGACCAGAACAAAAAGGACUGUCUGCAGCCGGGAAUGGAUUAGUACCAUCUUGAUCCAUGUUUUUUCCGAGGGGUUGUAAAUGCACCUUUUUUGCGUUUUAUACUUUGUAGCAUUUUUUCUGACGAGUGAACUGAAGAAUGAGCAGAUAGAUCACUUGUUGCUGAGCUUUUGGAUGUGAGAGGAGAAGUCUAGAAGAAGUCACUCUGUCCUGUGUUUCUGCCUGCCGGAGGAAGUUUUUGGCUGUUUUCUGUCACCGCAUCUUCUUCACUCACAGCACAUGAUGAAGAGGAUGGCCUGGACCCAGACCAUGAUCACCUUCUGGUCCUUAUUGUCCCUGGUCCUGUGGCGCACAGCGGCAGAUGUCCCGGAGGAGGUGGAGGAAGGCUUCAGUGCUGAGGCUUGGCUCCGUAAGUUUGGCUAUUUGUCUCAGGCGAGCAGUCAGAUGUCCACCAUGCAGUCGGCUCGGAUUCUUUCCAAAGCCAUCAGCGACAUGCAGCGCUUCUACGGCCUGGAGGUGACCGGAGAGAUGGACCCGGCAACGGUUGUGGCCAUGCGUCGGCCUCGUUGUGGCCUCCCAGACAGAGAACCGGAGGAGAUGGAUGCUGGUGCCAGGAGGAAGCGCUACGCUCUGACCGGGCAGCAGUGGGCCAAAGACCACAUCACCUACAGUAUAAUGAACCAGCUGAUCCCGUCCUCCCUGGGCGAGGAGCAGACGUACGGCGCUAUCCGUAAGGCCUUCGCGGCGUGGAGACGCGUCACGCCGCUCACCUUCGAGGAGCUUCCUGCUGAAAACAACAUCAGCAUCAACAGCAGCCAGGCACAACUGGCUGACAUCCUGCUGUUGUUUGCCUCUGGUUUCCAUGGUGAUAUGUCCUUGUUUGAUGGGGAGGGGGGGUCGCUGGCCCACGCCUACUACCCCGGACCAGGAAUAGGUGGAGACACACACUUUGAUGCUGAUGAACCUUGGACUCUGGACAACCAAAACCCAGAAGGUAUAGACCUCUUCCUGGUUGCGGUCCAUGAACUCGGUCAUGCUUUAGGUCUGGAGCACUCAGACAACCCCAGCGCCAUCAUGGCUCCUUUCUACCAGUGGAUUCACACACACAACUUUACUCUACAUGAGGAUGACAUCAGAGGAAUACAGUACAUAUACGGUCCUCCUCUCCUCACUGAUGCCCCGCCCACUUCUCCUCCUGCCCCUGACGACAGACCCAACGAUGACACCCCCACCUCCUCUUCUUCUCCUAAAGAUGAGCCCAGCUCCACUCCUCCCUCUGAACCCCCACACCAACCUCCCAGCAGCCCACCUCCUCCUCCUCCAGCUGAGCCGGAGCCGAGCAGCAGUCCGACUUCUCCUGCUGUCCUCCUCACCUCCACCUCCACCCCCACCUCCUCCCGACCUCAGCCUGUCACCCCACACGUUAGAGUAGACGUCCCGCCUCCACAACCACCUCCUCGGCCCCCUGCUCCUCCUAGACCCCCCAAGGUGCCGGGCAACCAGCCCCCCGAUAUCUGUGACGGGGACUUUGACACAGUGACCAUGCUGAGGGGGGAGAUGUUUGUUUUCAAGGGUCGCUGGUUCUGGCGUGUGCGGAGGAACCGAGUCUUGGAUAACUACCCGAUGCCCAUCUCCGUCUUCUGGAUCGGCCUGCCUAGCGACAUCGAUGCAGCCUACGAGCGCCAUGAUGGAAAAUUUGUCUUCUUUAAAGAUGAUAGAUACUGGGUGUUCAGGGAGGCUGACGUGCUGCCAGGAUACCCUCAGCCCUUAUACGAGUACGGACAAGGAGUUCCUGCACACAAGAUUGACACAGCGAUCUGGUGGGAGCCCAAUGGAUACACAUACUUCUUCAGUGGAGACAGAUACUGGCGAUAUAGUGAGGAGACCCGGACUACAGACCGAGACUUUCCCAAGCCAAACAGCAGAUGGGGCAGAAUCCCUAACUCACCCAAAGGAGCCUUCCUCAGCGAUGACGGCGCUUACACCUAUUUCUACAAAGGCGCCAACUACUGGAGGUUUGACAACCGCAAGACGGAAGCAGAGAAAGGCUUCCCUCGCUCCAUCCUCAAGGACUUCAUGGGCUGUUUGACGGCUCCUGACCCGAAGCCCGAUACCGACACUGAGCAGGAACCAAAAGAUAAACCAGUCAACCCUUCAGAUCGAGGCAAAGAUGAGCACAAAGAGCCUGACAGGGGUCGGGACAAAGACACAGACCCAGAGGAAAACCAGACCUCUCAGCCUGACAGCACAGAGGAGGAGGACAAAGAGGUGAACGUGGUGGUGACGGUGGCCGACAAUGAAUCUAAGGUCAUGACCCUGAUCAUGAUCAUCGUUCCUCUGGUCCUCAUCCUGUGCAUUCUGGUCCUCAUCUAUGCUAUCCUCAGAACUCUACAGAACAAAGAGACACCGAGGGCCUUGGUGCACUGCAAGCGUUCGUUGCAGGACUGGGUGUGAGAAGAUAGAGCGGGUAUUCAUCAUCUGUCUGGUACAGUCGUUGGCGUCAAAAUGUGUACUUAUGGCGCUGUGGAAAGAAGCUAAUGACGCAGUAUUACAGUCUAAGAGGAUGAGUCACCGUUCUGGGCCCCAUUCAUUGUGAGAACUUUUAUCGCUCAUGUGAAAUAAUGCAAAUGUGGUAAAGUCGGAGCCUGUGGAGCUACAGUGUACUUUCCCUCCUCUGGCCUUGGCGUUUUUCUCCCGUGCCUUCCAAGUACCUUCAUUUCCUCAAAGAAAAUCACAUUUAAUCUAUCACAGCAUUAAACAAAAAUACAUGUCAGUGACUAAAUGUGUGCUGUAGAAGACACGUGACACAAGGAAUGUCCUUUUCUAUCAAUUCUAAUUGUACAGAGGAGGAUUUAUUUGUAGUAUAAAUGCAGACAAAGUCGAUAAUGCACAUACAUUACACAGAAGCACACAUACUGUACAUACACACAAUCAUGAGUGCUUUUAGCUAUGAAAACUAUACAGAUACAUGCAUUAAUAUGUAACAAGUCUUCCUUCGCUUAACUACGGUGCCUCAACCAAUCUUAACAUAUUUCUUUGUUUAGAACAGAUAAUUUGCACUUUUGAUCCUGUUUAUUGUCCUCUUUGUUUUGCUGAGGUUGCUUCUCUGCAGAUAUGUGUGUGUUUGUGCUUAUUGAACACACACUAGCAGAAGAAGCUCGUCCUCCGACCAGCGCAGGAAUGUCAGACAGCUGUGUGCGUCUCCCACUGAGCCCGUUAUGUCUGCCCUCUCUCUCUCACACAUGCACCAACGUCACAUGAUCUUGAAAACCCCCAAACUGCACCCACUUGUGCAUGCAUGUUCACAUAUGCACACACACACACACACACACAAAGCAUGACAUAGAGACCACUUACCCAAACAAAGGCACAUAGAGUUUUUGCACACAGACACCAGGGCUCCAGCCCCCCCUCCUCCCACCACAGCACCAGAACUGUUCAGCCUGCACCACUAAAAACACAAUCCCAGUGGAGACAUAUUGAUAUACGACUUGGGCCAGGGCUUGGAUAAAAUACGAGAGGGGGGGGGGGAUUAUUCACACUUAACGAGAAGAAUCGAAAAGUGUUGUGGUAUUUUACAAAUUCUGUUCAUGUCAGCUCAACCUGUGAAGAGUAAAACCAUAGCGAGAGUAUCCAUCUUCCUCUGUUAACUCCUUUUUUUUUCAUGCUAAAUCUAAAUAGAGUUGAGGCUAAUUAAGUGUACAGCGGAGAAGCCUGCAGGCUACAGUGGAAUGGGUCAGGGUCUGGUUUCCAUUAAGCCCACAUGCUGCUGAUUUAGUAGUGUCAGGCAUGAGGAGGGGGGGCAGUUAGGGAAAAUGCAAAAAGAAGGAGGUAUAAAAAAAGUAGAAGGGAGUUCAGGGGUAAUAAGAGAAUGAGAUGAUGAGGGAAAGAAAGAAAGAAAGAAAGAGAGCGGGGGAUUCACAGAUUGAACAGAGGAGAGGGAGGGCUCUACCACAGUUUCCUUGCCAGUUUUCUCUCUGGAGAAGGAGGAGCGAGGGAAAGAGGAGGAAGGAUCUUGGGGAGGGGCAGCGCUGGCGUUGUGCCUCCUGACCUAGAUCGGGACACUGAGUCCACUCCUCCUUUUUCAAGUCUUUCUUGUUUUUGCUCUGCUUGUUGACAUGAGCUGGAGAUAACUUCCUCUGCGACCCCCUCCUUCCUUCCUCAUCUAUCUCUUUGUGUUUCCAUUUUAGGACGAUUUUUCUCUUUUUUUGUUUCAUUGCUGUGUUCAACCCCACUUUCUGCUCCCAGAUGUAUUCAUUUUCUCCUCCACUCUUCUGGAAAGUUAGCUCAAGCAUUAAGAGGGCAACUCAACGCACAGAAACAUCUGCAGGAAGUGCUCAUUAAGUGUUGUCUUUGUGUAAAGCUAUCAUUUCCUUUAGCUUUAGCUUUGUGCCUAUAUUUCAUUGUUUUCUGUCAUUUCAUUGUGCCUUUUUUCCUGUGAAUAUUGGGGGGCAUUUUUUUUACUAUAAAUAGCAUGAGGGAAAGUUUUUUAAAAUGUUUUUCUUCUCUUUUUUUUACCCUACUUAUAAUUUGUAGUUUUGUAAAUUUUUGUUUGUGUUCAGGUUUUGUGUAAGAACAGCAGUAGAUUGUUACGAUGAUGUUGAU